AUGGCAGCCUCAACCACCUCGCACAGGCCCAUCAAAGGGAUACUCAAGAACAAACUCUCUUCAACCUCUUCAACUUCUUCUGUGGCAGCAUCCGCCCAGCAGCCCGGAGGAGCUAUCAAAGAGGUUAGGAGAAAGAAAUCCCAGAAGUGGGACGAAGCGAGCAUCCGGGCGACAUACCGCCUAUCAUAUAAAGACUACGAGUUAAUGAAGGUAAAUGAGCCCGGCACUCCCUACCUUACUAUGCCAGAUGAGGGUGCAGGUACAGUGAAUAGCUCUGAGAUGAAGGAAGCACUGAUCCAAGAAUAUUUAGUGCAGAAACUAGCAGCCUGUGGAACAUCCGAUUCAAACUAUCAGGUGGAGCAAGAAGGGAGCUUAAGGGAGGAAGAGUGGCAGUUGUUACUUGCCAAACACGAGAAGCAAAGGCAGUUUGAGUUGAAAAGGAAGCUUCAUUACAAUGAAGGACUGAACCUCAAGUUAGCUAGGCAACUGAUUUCAAAAGACUUACUUGGCCUAGGCGAAGAGGAGAAGAAUGAAAAUGAAGAAUGUCCGUAUUCGACAAAUGAAGAACACCCUACAACUGAAGAAUCCAAAGAAGGGCUUGUCAGUGAUGAACUGAAAGCCAAGUCAUGUGAUUCUUAG